GCGGCGCGGCCCUCCCGGGCCGGGGGAGCUGCAGGGCCGGGAGGAGCCGAGAGGAGCGCGGCUGUGGGGCGGCCCCGGGCCGGGUAAACACACCGAGAUUCCUGCGGCCCUUCAGUGAUACAGGAUGCUGUUCCCUCUGGUGUUGUGUGCAGUUAUGCUGGUAGGGAGCGGUAAAGUUCAAGAAGAUGAAUGGAUUGACCCCACGGAUAUGCUCAAUUAUGAUGCAGCAUCAGGAACAAUGAGAAGACCUUACAAGGCAAACUAUCAUGACUCUGAGGAUAAGACUGUGGAUACAGUCAGUACUGAAAACUCACCGAGUUGUUCCAGGACAAUAGAUUCCCUGCAACAGAAGAUUGCAGAAUGUGAGAAGAGGAAUGCCAAGUCACAGGAAAGCCGUAGCUUUUAUAUUUUUAAGCGAUACUUGAAUAAAAUUUUAAAUGAAGCUGGAAAACUUGGCCUUCCUGACGAAAACGUGGGCCAAGUCCACUAUGACGCUGAGAUCAUCCUUACAAAACAGACAUAUCUGGAGAUCCUCAGGUUUCUCAAUGAGGAAAGCUGGCAGCCAGGUGCCAUGGAUGAUGCACUUAGUGAUAUUUUGAUCAAUUUUAAGCACCAUGAUUAUCAAGCUUGGCACUGGAGAUUUGAGGACACUUUUGGAAUUGACCUAUAUAAUUUGUUUUUGCUACUCUUGUGCUUAGUGUGCAUUGUAACUGUAAUAGCUACAGAGCUCUGGACACGUAUUCUUUGGUUUGUUCAGCUAAAACGUCUUUUGUUAAUAAGUUUUUUCAUCAGUUUUGCAUGGAAUUGGCUUUACUUGUAUAAGUUGGCCUUUGCACAGCAUCAAGCAGAAAUUGCAAAAAUGGGGCACUUUGAUAACAUCUGUGCUGAGAAGUUGGACUGGCGAGAAAGUCUUUUUGAAUGGCUUAGAAGCACAUGGACGUUACAGGACGAUCCCUGUCAGAAGUAUUAUGAAACUCUACUUGUAAAUCCUAUUUUGCUGGUUCCACCAACAAAGGCCUUGGCAAUUACUUUCACCAACUUUGUAACUGAGCCUUUGAAGCACGUAGGGCAAGGUAUUGGUGAAUUCAUCAAGGCACUAAUGAAGGAGAUUCCAUUCGUUCUGCAGGUUCCAGUACUAAUUAUGAUGGCUCUGGCUGUGCUGGCUUUUUGCUAUGGUGCAGGAUCAUCAGUGUCUGCAUUAAGAUACUUAACAUCUUCUCAGAAGAAAAGUCUUCCUCCACCUGACAGUCAACAGGAGCAAAUAGGCUUUGGGCAGUACAAUGGGAGGCAAUCAGAGGACUAUUACUUGCAGAAGCACCCAUAUGUGUACAGAGGACACCAGGACAGAGGAGAUGGCUCUGCGAGACCUCCCCUCACUGUGAGAGCAGCGAAUGGCAGCAGGAACCCCGACAACCCCGACACGGCACAGACCAGCGAUGAGCUGGACACACACGUACAAGAGUCUCACAAACCAGAACCUAAUAAUAGGUUGUAUACUGAGUCUGAAGUUCAUAGACUAGAAACUCUCAAAGCUGAAAACCAUACUGAGGAACCUGCAGUUGAGCAGCAGAAACAGGAGACAGGCAAAGCAGAGCGAGAGGCUGGAGAAAACUGUGAUCCCAAUAAAAACCUAGAAGGGAAAAGCUCUGCGAUGGAGCAACGUGAAGAGAAGGGAAAGAGCAUUUUACGCGACUCCCAGGAAGGAGACUAAGGAAGGCCCGAGCUCUGCUGUGGAGUAGAGGAUUUUGCCACUGAAGCAGCUGGGAGUCUGUUCUUCUCCUGGAAGUAGCACCUCUGGUCGUCCAUUCUGUUGCUCUGGAAUCGACUCAGCAGAUCGAAGAAUCCUUCAUCUGCCAUUGUCUCUCGACUGCUUUUCUGAAAAGGAGAAAAGAUUUAGGGGUAUUUGGAACUUAAGAGUAUCUAAAGCUGGGACAACUGCAUCAGAGUUUAGUCCAGUCCUGUUUCAUAUUUGUGUAUCUGAUAUCUAUUAAAAUCAAUUUUUUUUAGUCA